AUGAGCUAUAGCAUCGGGGAUGUGGUGCCAAGUAGCUUUGAACCAGGAAUCGUUGCUGGAUCAUACUUUGCCAGCCUAUGUGGAUGCCUGCUGACAGUGGAAAUUCUGCAUCGCCGUGGCACGGCACUGUUGAACUGGAGGAGCUGGCUGGAAACUCUCGCAUGCGCAGUAUCAAUGGGCUUGGUUGGUAUCUGGUGCAUGCACUUCAUCGGCAACCGCGCUAUCAUCCUUGGUGAUGGCGAUCCUGGGAUACAACUUGUCUACAACAGUGGCUAUACAGUGCUGUCAGUAGUAUUACCCGUCACUGGACUUAUCAUCGCCUUCUCAGCUGCUGAGUUCCCGUCUCGACUGCCUUGGUUUCACUGGACUGCGUUAGCUUGUACUGGCAUCUUCGCCGGCCUGUCGAUUGUGGGCAUGCAUUAUCUGGGCAAUUUCGGCGUCAGCAACUACGUGCUACAUUACAGUCCUAGGUUCCUGGCCGCGUCUAUCAUCAUUGCUAUCGGCGACUGUCUGACUGUCCUGGUUCUCUUCUACAGCCUCCGCGAGAAAUGGAUCAGCUCGUGGUGGAAGCGAGUAUUGUGCGCAAUGUCACUUGCAGGAGGCGUCUCAGCGAUGCAUUUCACAGCCUCCACCAGCUGUAUCUACCACCUCCAAAGCUUUAACUCGGACAGCAAGAACAGUUCGAGGGAUAUCCAGGUCAUUGUCGCUGGCGUAAUGUGUGGUGCAGCGGCGUUUUUGGUCAUGGGAUUCCUGCUUAUAUCACGAUCUCGGGACCGACUUCUGAGAAAUAGGUCGCAGAAGGUCACGCUCGCAUGCGCAAUCUUCGAUCCCGCCGGUCGCAUCCUGGUCACUACUGAGGGAGCGCUACCCUCUCGCGAGAUCACGGACAAGUACCACCACCGAACGUUCGAAGAGGAAUUCGACACUGCCCAUCCGGUCUUCCAAUGGGUCUUUCGUGUGACGCACAAUUGGGUGGGUGUUGGUGACCUGAUUCCCAAGAUGAGGAGCCAUCUCAAUGCGCAGAAGCACAGUGAAAUUGGAGAACGUCCCAGCAGCUCACAAGCCAGCUCGAUCUACGAUGCGGGAACGUACAGCAACUACGAGAUUCUCUUCGAGGAGCGGUUUUGCACGGCCGCCGCCAACAUCGCAAUGUCACUGAACAUACCCAUCGAGCAGCUUGGCGUGCUUUACGACCGGAUCAUCCAAACUGGCACCUUGAAAGCAGAAGACAAGAUCAGCAAGCGAGCCACGCAAGGUGAAGAACCAACACCAUCACAAUUAGAGGCUGCGCUUCGAUUGAGCAUAUUCGGCAAGGGCCUUGUGCUUUUCCUCGUGCGUGAGGCCAGUCACGAGGACACAGACAAACUGCUGAACGCUGGCAUGAGAUUUGCAACUGUACAUCAUGUCACUCGCAACAUCUCGUAUGCCAUGCAAAUACCCCAGCCUUGCCUAGAAAGCCACCUCUCUGGGCUCAAGCGAUACGUUGAGAACCUGCAGACUACCGAGAAGCCGGGAACAUGGCUUAGCUUUUUCGCCUUGAUACCGAAGCCGAAUAGUAAGGGCUUUGAUGUGGUCGUAAAGAAGGAUGCCCGAGAUCAAUUACCUGAUGUGCAGCUGCUGCCAAGGCACCCCGAUCAGUCGCAGGUCACCUUUCUCAAUAGGCUUGAUGGCCAGCGUAUCAACUCAAUAUUGGCACUGCUGGAAGAUCGCGCCGGUAAACUCGCGAGCACUCUUACGGUAGAAGAGACGUGGUUUGGCCGGGACCUGCGCAACAAGAUGCUUGAGCUGAUACAGCCAUUUCCACGGGAAUGGACAGAGCAAGCACGUUUCUGGUCGAAGCAGCUGGUGGCGCACUAUUCUCAUCCGCUGCAAAACCGGUCGACUGUUACAACGAUGUACGCUUUCACGGUCAUCGGUGACAUGCACGCAUCCAUUGAUGCGUCUCAGACGCUCGGUCGGAUUCCUCGGACAUUCUUUGAAGCUCGGCAUCGCUGCUAUGCCGGAUCGCCUGAUCAUGCGCUGCUUGCUCGAGACAUACACCAAGCAUUUGCUCCACUCUUCGCAAGGAAGCUGCCGAAGCGUCAUCGGAAAGCAAAGCUAUCGGUCGCACUCGCAGAUAAUCCGAUUGCAAGACUCACGAAGACGUCAACGGGCGAUAGGCGCAGUACGCGGGAUAGUAGUCUCGAUCAUGGCGACGAUAACUCUUCGAUGCACGAGCUUGUGGACAGACCUUUACACCCGUCGGGCUCAUCCCGUAACAGCGAGAGGAACCGAGCCAAUACUUGGGGCGGGAUUCUGGUUAACAGCGAGACUGUGGUCAAGACUGACAGUAAGCACGACUUUCCUCACGAUGGUCUCGGCCCCGUUGGACUACCCAUGGGCAUGAGGGUCGCUGUAGGCACAGCAGAGCCAGACAUCACCUUUGUCAACGAGCUCGUCGGCAUCACCAGAGAGCGCUUCUUACCCGCUGCAAAGUCUUUGAUAUGA